AGAUUUUUAGGAAUAUACGGAAAGGCAAAACCGAAUCGUCAAUAUUUUAUUGAUCUACCUCCUCGAAUCGCUCAAAUUUGUGGGGAGAGAGAGAGAGGGCGAGAGGACAGGGGUCGGAGGAUUCGAGGGCUUCGGGAGAUGGCGGCGUCGUCGGCGGCCGCUGCCUACGAGAUGACGGCGGCUUCGAAUUGGUGGGACGACGUGAACGCGUCCGCGGUGUGGCAGGAUCGCAUCUUCCACGCCCUCGCCGCCCUCUACGCUGUCGUCGCCGCCGUCGCCCUGGUUCAACUCGUUCGGAUACAAUUGAGAGUUCCCGAGUUCGGUUGGACUACGCAGAAAGUCUUCCAUUUCCUCAAUUUCUUGGUCAAUGGCGUUAGAUGUCUAGCGUUUGUGUUCCGGCGGGACGUUCAGAAGUUAUCUCCCGAGAUUCUCCAGCAUGUAUUGCUUGACAUGCCGAGCCUUGCAUUCUUCACGACAUACGCACUUUUGGUCCUCUUCUGGGCGGAGAUAUAUUAUCAGGCACGUGCUGUAUGUACUGAUGGACUCCGGCCUAGUUUUUUUACGAUUAAUGCUGUGGUCUAUGCAGUUCAGAUAGCAAUGUGGUUGAUCCUGUGGUGGAAACCUAUUCCAGUUGUAGUUAUCCUUUCGAAGAUGUUUUUUGCAGGUGUUUCUUUGUUUGCUGCCCUUGGAUUUCUUCUAUAUGGCGGAAGGCUCUUCUUGAUGCUGCAGCGGUUUCCUGUUGAGUCAAAAGGACGUCGUAAGAAACUGCAGGAGGUUGGUUAUGUAACCACCAUAUGUUUCCUGUGCUUUCUAGUCAGAUGUAUCAUGUUGGUGGAGAUUCUGCCUUCUUCUUUGGUUCUAUUCAUACUAAGAAAGUUGCCACCAAAACGUGGGAUAACGCAAUACCACCCUAUCCGCUGAUGGAUGCGGCGACAGAUGUGUUGGCCUUAAAAGCUUAGCCUAUUUUAUAAGAGGAGAUGGAAGGUGAAAUCGUUAUGUGCUCUGGGAUGAAUAAAAAUUCUAGCUGGUCAUGAAGUUGUUCAGUCUCUAAGUUGAUUCGAGGUCUGAAGAAAACCCAGGAUUUCAGUUUGUGCUGUCUCUAGAUGCUAUGAUCUGGUGUCAUGGAUCAUACGAUCGAUUCUCUUGUUCAGUGAUGUGAGAAGUAUCUGUAAUAAUUUGUAGAAGUUAAGAUUAUUAUUUGAAGAAGGGAAAAACAUAAAGAAAGACACAGGUUGAGGUUUCCUUGUAUCUUUAGGAUAAAUGUUUUUGAGUGCAAUUUAUAUUGGGGUUCAGUUUGUA